AAAUUGGUUAAACUAACAUAAACGAAUUCUUAGAAACACUAAAAAUUAAUUAAAUUGUUUUCUAAUUAAUAACUUCUAUAAUUGAACAUAAUUUCAUGUCCCUAACACGAAUAGCGAUGAUUAGAUAUACAAAAUCCCCACUCAAAAACAACGUGGAUAUUCAGUCAGCAAUCAGAAUUUUUAAAGAAUUACGUCAGUCAACAGCAAUCCGUGAGCAAUCCUGUUUUCCUUUCGGUUGAUUUUCGUUAUUGGAAUGCUAUUAAGGCGUAGUCAGUUCUAGAUAUACCACAAAAAGUUUAAGUACUUUAGAUUUUACUUGUAAGUCUUAUUAGAAGGUUGUCCAUCAAUCUAGAAAAUAUAACAUAAGCAGAACCAUUUUACUGUUGUCCAAGAGGUUUAAAUCAUAUUUUGGGACAAAAUUGGUUUGUAGAUACAACAAAAUGUUAAAAUCUGCGCCGGAAAGUCUCCUAACCGUACUUUCAAAUGUACAACCUUAUUUUGAAGAAAACAUAAUAAGAGAUUUUAAAGAUUUUAAUGAGAGAAGAACUAGACGUCCACCAUCGUUUUUGGAUAUUCCAAAUGUACUUACAGUACACGAAUCGGAAUCUAAGUUAAUGAAAAAUAUAAAGCUUAUGAAGCAACCCAACUUUAAAAUACAAUCGGUUGAGUUGUGCAUGAAACAGCUUUAUUUAAAAGUAUCGUUGGAAAUUGAACAGGUGUUAGUUGAGGCUCAAUAUGAAAUGUUCAAUAAUGAAUCGAAACCAACUGAGAAAUACAAUGAGACUGGAAAUUUAAUAUUUGAUAUAGAAAACCUACAAAUAAAUUCAAUCAUCCCUAUUUAUGUGCAAGAAGAUUCCUUUAUGGCUAAUGAGAACUUUUCUAUGUCAUUGAAACCAUCAAAAAUUACAACAAGGAAAUCCUCAAAUAUUGAUGGUAAAGUGGAGUCAUCCGAAUCAGUCGACACUGAUAUAGAGAAAAGUUUAAUAAAUAGUAUUUGGAGCGGAUUUUCGGAAACAAUUUCUUUUCUAAUACGCCAAGAUUUAGGAGCGUCCAUCGUAGAAUAUUCAGUUACUGAAUUAUUUGCUGAUGAACCUGAGGAAAUGAUAGAAUUUUCAAAUAAACGCAUUGCAGUGGCAAGUAAAGUAAUGAACGCAAUUCUUCAGAAGGCAGUUGUGCCAACAGAAGCAAUGGUUAUUAAACUUCCCGAGUUAAAUCUUUCUUAUAAAUCAACAAGUACAUUAAAAAUAACAAUGGUUUGUUUGCAAGAUCCGGAAUUGUUGAAUCUAGGAAGUAUUCAACCACUUGGAACUUAUUGUAUUACUGAAGAAAAUGAGAGAGCCAUUUCUGUGAGUGGUGGGAUUAAUAUAAGAAAUUUAACGAUUAAUUUUACCAAUUGCUGGGCUUCGUGUGAUGGCAUUGUAACCACCGGAAACUGCAAAUACGUUGUGUAUAGAACCAAAUUGCUUUUAAAAAUAUUAUUUGAAAAGAAAGAUAAGAAGCUUUGUGCGAAAUUAGAUAAGGUGCAGUUAUGUUGGAUUAGGGACACAGAAUGUGAUUUUAAUGAUUUACUCAGUGUUAAUGACAUCCAAGAUGAAUUAACGUCUUAUAUCGAAGCUUUUCUCCUUGGGGAACUCCAACCUUUAAUAACCAGUUAUCUUAAGGAACAUUUCGAGGGGAUUCUUAAAAAGUAUAAAGUUAAUGAAGAUAUUAAAGAUAUAGUUUAAAUAAGUCAUUAUCAUUUUUGUUUUUUAUGUUUUAAGUGCACUAAUAAAUAUAUAUUUGUUAAGUGAA